GCCCCCGCGAGCCCCGGGCCCGCCCCGCCGGGGGCGCGGGCCGCGGCGACGGGGUUUGACCGCCGCCGGCACCCGUCGCGGGUGCCGCUUCCGCCCUUCCCUGCGCCCGACCCGCGAGGCCGGCGGCCGCCCCGGCUCCGGAAGGAGUCGGCCCGGCGGCCGGAUGUGACGCGCGGCCGAAGCGCGCAGGAGCCGCGGAGAAAGCGCAGAGCAGGCGGGCCCGGUCCGAGGUCUGGCAGGCAGUGACAGAGCCGGGCGCCCACGGCCCGAGCGCCCCCGGCGGCAUCAUGCCCGCGCUCCUGGAGCGCCCCAAGCUUUCCAACGCCAUGGCCCGGGCGUUGCACCGGCACAUCAUGAUGGAGCGGGAGCGCAAGCGGCAAGAGGAGGAAGAGGUGGACAAGAUGAUGGAACAGAAGAUGAAGGAGGAGCAGGAGAGGAGAAAGAAAAAGGAGAUGGAAGAGAGAAUGUCUCUGGAGGAGACCAAGGAGCAAAUCCUGAAAUUGCAGGAGAAGCUUUUGGCCUUACAAGAGGAGAAGCACCAGCUUUUCUUGCAGCUCAAGAAAGUUUUACACGAGGAGGAGAAACGGAGGCGAAAGGAGCAGAGUGACCUGACCACUCUGACAUCAGCUGCGUACCAGCAGAGCCUGACCGUCCACACGGGAACGCACCUCCUCAGCAUGCAGGGGAGCCCUGGAGGACACAAUCGCCCGGGCACCCUCAUGGCGGCUGACAGGGCCAAACAGAUGUUCGGGCCCCAAGUGCUUACAACUCGGCAUUACGUGGGCUCAGCGGCGGCUUUCGCAGGGACCCCAGAGCACGGUCAAUUCCAAGGCAGCCCCGGCGGUGCCUAUGGGACCGCUCAGCCCCCGCCGCACUAUGGCCCCACGCAGCCGGCCUAUAGCCCUAGCCAGCAACUCAGAGCACCUUCGGCGUUCCCCGCAGUGCAGUACCUGUCGCAGCCGCAGCCACAGCCCUAUGCAGUGCACGGCCACUUCCAGCCCACCCAGACAGGAUUCCUGCAGCCGGGUGGCGCCCUGUCCUUACAGAAGCCGAUGGAGCACGCCAACCAGCAGACCGCCUUCUCGGACUCUUCCUCCCUGCGCCCCAUGCAUCCCCAAGCUCUGCAUCCAGCCCCUGGACUGCUGGCCUCUCCCCAGCUCCCUGUGCAGAUGCAACCAGCGGGAAAGUCGGGCUUUGCGGCUACCAGCCAACCUGGCCCUCGGCUCCCCUUCAUCCAGCACAGCCAGAACCCGCGAUUCUACCACAAGUGACCGUCAGAUUUUAUCUUCAGCCUCCCCCCACCCCCUGCCACGGGGGAGGGUCCCCGGUGUGUCCCGGUCCAAUAAAAUCUACCUGCCAGUG